AUGAGAGCAGCCACCAUCAUCUCCGCAAUCUUCGUCCUGACAGCCUGUCUCUUGAGGAGCAGCGAAGCGGUGACCUGUACCGCUGCUCCCACCGACGCUAACUGCAUCAACUGCACCACCAGUCCCACGAACGCCGAGUGCGUUGCCGAGGCCGCAGCUGCCGCCACAACCACCACAACCACUGUGGCGCCAACCACUUCAACCACCGAAGCGUCGACCAGCACUUCGUCCGGAAACCGGAAGAUCGUGCGCGUUAGCAACCUGAGCUACUCCGUCACCCGUCGCAUCCGCGUCAACAGCACCACCACCCGCUCCACCAGCCGCAGUGGCAAGACAAAUCGCAGACGCUCCACCAACGCGAACCGCAACCUAAGGCGCAAAAACAACAAAAACAAAGCCAAGCGGGGCAACACGAGAGCCCGACGUGGAAAUGGCAACGUUCGUGUCGUGGUUGGUUAG